AUGUUCCGUCAAGUGAGCGUGAUGGACGUGGACACGGGUGAUCGUGAACAAGAACCAAAUUUUGAUCAACCAUCACUAAAACCCUCAUCUACCACUUCUUCCUCCAACCAUCACCACCAUCAACCAUUAUACGCCACCUUGGCUGAAUAUACAUUGAAUUCGCCUCGGUCAUUCCCUAUCGACCCAUCAUCUUCUGCAUCUACACCAAACACUUCAUCAUCCUCACGACGUCCAUCAUCGCCGCUUAGAUCAACAGAAGAAUACCAUAUGAAAGAGCAACCAGGACCAUCAAGAGGAUAUACUUUCCCUAGUAGCAGUAGUAAAACCCGUUCGCCCGCUACAGAGAACAUCAACAUCGGUAUGACCGCCAUGGCUCCCUCCAUGUCACCUACCUCAUCUUCGAUUGGUGGCCUACCGUUAGCUAGUACAAGUAUGACGUCGACCGCUCAACAUAGAUUGUCCGUCUCCGGCAGACCGAGAAGGCCUUCUCCCCUUUUACAUGAGAUCCAACCGCCCAGUAGAAGAUUAUCGGCCCAUCAGAUGCUCCUGCUCACACCGUUUGGUGGACCGUUACCGGCUGGAGCGUUGAAUGGAGCUGGAGGGUUGGGCAUGUCUAGAGGAUCAUCCAGUAUGGGACAUGCUUUGCCUACUGCUCCUGCCAGGCUGGGAAGUGCGACUAGUCAGUCGAGCGGUUGGCCGAGGAGAGACAGUGCUACAAGCUCAACUGGCAAUACACCUGCAUCAGCUAGAGAAUUACCAACUGCCGGACCAAGAGCUCCUAUAAAUCCUGCACCAUCCAUGGGUCGAGAGACACCAUUGCCAACGGCCAAUCGAUUCCCACCGCGAUCUAGACAUUCCCUCGCUCAUCCUGUAGUCAAUCCCUCUCCACUAGCUAGCGCGCCGAUGACUACCAUCUUCUCUGAAGGUUCCUCGGAAGGUGCUUCUUCAAGGGACCCCAGUACACAUGACAUGGAGAGAAACCAGACGUUCAUGUCUCGAGAUGAAGUUGGUGUAGAUGCCAGAGAGAGGGAAAGGGAUGAAGAUCAUGAGGAGGACUCGCCACCAAAGACCCGUGCGAGGUUACUUUCCGCCACUGUCGCUAUGACCCGUUCCAACUCACUACCCGUUUUGACCCUCCGGGAACUACAUGCGUUGAAAGAGAAAGAUGGAGAGUUGGGUAUCCAGAGAGGUGGUGAUUGGGCAUGGGUCUCGAGGGAUGGAGAUGAGCCUGAUGAUGCCGAGCUGGAAACACUCAGUCUGGGUACAGGAAGCAGUACCAACGCCACUACCUCGACUACAUCUUUAGUUACUCCGUCCGAGCAACCCACAUCUUCUUCAUCUUACCGAAACCCAUUCACGUCAUUCCACGAUCCUUUCGCACCUAGACAACCUGGUAUUACACCUGCUUCCAUCUACGCUCCUAUGGCCACUUCGUCAGACUAUCAUUAUUCUCCCACCGGACCUGGAGCAGAAUUACGUAGAAUGUCCGAUGCUCCCCCUACCACAUCCACCGCUACGCCCUCGCCUACGAAUCGAGGGGCUCGUCGAUCAGUCACUGACAGUCGACGACCCAGCGCUCCGACUACUCUUCGUCAAUCCAUAAGUGCCAUGACACCUCGUCCCGUCCAACGACGUACGCCACCUCAGGCGAGUCAAGCGACCUUUCAACAGCAACCUACCUACCAGCCAUUCACAGCUCCAGAAGAAACCAGUCCUCAUGGAUCUCCAAUCACAUCUCUACCGCCAGCCUCUCGUCCUCGUCUACUUCGAUACAAGAGUUCUCCAGCACGUACGACAGGUCUAGGUCUGAACAUCGUUGUAAGACCUACCAACGCUGGAGGAAGGAAUCCAGGAUCGGACGAGUAUCCUGGCGAUACUGGAUCUGCCGGAACUGAUAGUAGAGGAUCGAUGGGCGAACAGUCGAAUAGUGCCGGACCAUCUCGAGGGUCAUUCACCACUGGACAUUGGGCAGAAGUCGAUUUCGUAGAUUCCCUAGCUGCAGCUGCGGAUAUAGCACUAGCAUCGGCUGCCUCAGAAACGGUAUCUUCUGGACCAGCCUCGGCAAUUGGAAUGUCCAGAACUUCAAGUUCGAUCAGUCCUACGGCGAUCGUACAGCGGAAUUUGUCUACUUCUAGCAAUUCCAAUACAGGUAGAAAAUUAUCCUCAUCACGUAAAGUCUCUUCCACAUCUCAAUCUGCACCUCAAACUUCAAUCGGAUCAAAAUACAAGAUCGAACAAGUAACUUCUCGAUCUCAUAUCCAAGAAUUUGAUAAUAGCUCAGAGCCAGUAUUCAAAGGUAGAUCAAGAUUUGAAUCUGUUGAUUCUGCCUUUCCACUCAUGCCCGGUGGUCAAGGUGGAAGGUUAUCUGUUCCUACCCAAGGAGCAGGUGAAAUGUAUGCCCACAGUAAUAGGAAUUCAAGCUUUAGCGUGGUGGAUAAUGGUACCUUACCUGGAUUGAGUGAAGGUUUGCCAAGAAGAGGCAGCUUAGGUAUGGGAACUUUCGCCAGAUUACGAAAGAUUGUAUCUGGAUCGGGAAAACAGAACCAAAACAGUGAUAAUAAUGAUUUGGCGGAUGAAUUGGGACAGAGAUUGGUAGCUGCAAGUGGAUCUAAUGGGGCCUUGGCAAUUUCUUCGCCUCAUUGGUCAGAGAGGAGAGGUAGUUGGGCGGAAGGUUGGUCCAAUGGGAAUUGA